AUGAGUGCUUCUUUUUACAGUUUUGAUCCAUGCGUUUGCACAGGAAUGCCCUGCGGGGCGUGCUACCCCUACAGCACUAAACCCUGCGUAGCUUCCCGAAACGACUUGAGCAUCUGUUCCGUCUGUCCUGGCGGUGGAUGCUCCCCUUGUCCAGCUCCAGUGCGUCCAUGUCCAGAGCCUUGCCCACCACCGCCAGUUCUACCCUGUUUGUCUCCGUGCCCACCUUGCGACAAGCCUAGCACCCCUAUCCCAAGACCAGUUCCAUUAUGUGACUCGAUAGCAAUACCAUGCUGUAGGCCGAACCGUUGUAGGCCAUGUCCGUGUUACUGCUGCACCGAGCCCGCUGUCUGCUCCCCCAAACGCUACAGUUACCCAGGAGUUCCUGUAUGUUCUGGUUGCUGUGGGCCUUGCAUGCCCGUCUGGUAGCCAACCGGAAAUCCCCAAAAUAUGUGCCACUUUUUUAAACGUUAUUUAUAAAUUGGCUGUGUUUUGUUUCUCCCCACAGGACUAAUUUAUCUUAAUAUGUUAAUCUUAAGUCCAUAUUUAGAAGUGUGACCUUAAGAUUAUUCUGUAGGUAGAUAUCUUAGUCACUUAAACCAAAUAAAAUUCAUUAUGUCUGUUUGUAAUGUCGGAAGAAAAUAAAUUAUGCAGUCCUUAGAA